AGCCUGUAAGCGGCUUUUCGCAGAUCGCUGGUGAGGCCUGCGACGCAUUGUAAUGCCGGUCGAGGAGAGAAAAGCGAGAGGAUCUCCAGUUGGGAACUUCUUCGCCAAGUUGGGUCGUAGGGUUCGAAGCAAGAGUCCAGCAGUAACUCGUUUGGUUACUACAGAAACACCCAAGGGAAAGGACAAGCGCGGUGGAACUAUCGAUGUCCUUUGCAAAGAUCAUGAAUUAGAUGGAUUUGAAGCUACACAAAGCCCACAUCGAUUUGGUACAAUCAUAAGUCGACUUUCCAGAAGAAAAUCAAAGAAGAGCGAAAAGGAAGAGAAUCAUGUCUUAUCACCCGAAUGUGAGACCAUCUCGGUGCCUCAACAGAAUUUCGGUACUCCUCGUCCAGCGAUCAGCGAGAAUGAUCUCCGUCACGUGACUCUCCGUCGUGGAACGGAUCUUGAUCUCACACCACUAGCUGGUGUAUCACAGUUUAUGUCAGAGGAUAAUCUAGCAAGUGCAGAAUGUGGCACACCGGCCUACCGUACCCCCAGCUACAUUAGAGUGAGCUGUGCACUCAGCGGAUAUACCAAAACGCCUAGACACUUGGAAAGUAGUGCAGCUCGCGCGAUGGGACGCAGCCUUGUCGAACGUCGUCUCGGGCUGUUUGACACAUCAAUGUCGCCCAGGAACGAUAACAACGACAAAGAGCCGCGUUUUGGUCGCUCGCCUUUGGCCAUGGGUGCGUCGUUAUCUACGCCGUCUCCAGUGCGUGCCCUAAUCGGACAGUUUGAUCGUCUACAGCUGUGUAGCAAGGAUAAAGAUGAUGUGGAAAAGGAGAAUACUGAGCCCAUUAAACAUCAAAACAUCCAGCAGACCAUAGUCACACAGCCGGCUCCGACGAGCAUCUUCAUCUCGGACUACAUCGAGAAGCCUCCCCUUCCAGUAGCUAAAUCACCAGUACCAGUAGCUGAAACACCGCCAGAAGUUAAGGAAAAGGAGCGCAUCAAAGCUGAGGAGAUCACAUGUGAACUGCAGCCCAGUCCAACUCCUCCGAAAAAAGCUGAUAUGCGAACCGGGGAGGAUUUCUCGCAGCUUCUUGAGUCCGUUCGAUCCAGACUCCAGGCGUCCACCAAUCAAGUGCUCGCUGAACUUGAAGAGAUUGAGGGAAUGCCUGAAGAAGCUGCGACGUCCAUUCGAAUGGCGGCUGGAAAAGCGCAACUACUCACCCGUAAAAAAUUAUCCAAGUUUGAGGAACUUGUGAAGAAAAACUUGAAUCCGGUGGAAGGAGACCCACAGCCUGCAACUCUUGAUGAUCUGGAGGGAUAUUGGGCUUUGGUUGAAAUUGAGCUGCAGGACAUUGAUGAGUGUUUUGCUAAGGUGGACGCUUAUCGUAAAGGUGGCUGGCAAGUAAGAGAACCUGAGGAAACGGAGCAAACUAUUCUUGCUGCCAGUAAUAAUAACAAUAAUGUGCCGAAGAAGAGAAUGGCUCCUGUUCGACCUGCUGCUCCUCCUGUCGAUCCAGCAGAAAAAGCUAAGCAAUUGGAAAAACAGAAAGCGGCCGCGGAAAUGCGAAGAAAAGCUCUUGCCGAAGCAAAACAACGGGCUCGUGCUGCACAGCAAGCACAGAAACAGCAAGCAGAGGAGAAAAAUAGCACUGAUGCCUCGCCAGAAGUCCUUAUGGUCCUGUAGAUAAUAUAGCACCUGCUGUAAGUACAAACAUCCUCCAAUAACUUGCAAAUGUUCGUUGUUUGUUGUUAUCUCAUCCCCAUUGAAGAAAAAAUUAUCGCGCCCUCUUUCGGACAUAUGAAACUUUACCAUUCAACCGUGUACCUCGCUUCUGUCCUCUCUACCUUGUUUAAACAUCGCCUUUCUUUUUUUGUAUUCUCUUAGAAAAUGUGCUGACAAUCAUGUGCUUUAUGAGAGAGCGUGUGUUUCCUCCUUGACGAACAAACCAUUGCCUGUGGCUGUACUCGGUAAUAUACGUCAAUUCUAUUUGUCUUUUCUUCUUCGUCGUCGUCGAAAGGAUCUUAUUUCGUUUUCUUUCAUCAAUGUGCUAUGUAAAAUAUGCUCGCUAUCGACAAAUCGGUGAGACUUUAAGUAUAUUUCUGUUUAUGUUGAAGAGAACAAAAUAUUUCUGUCUAAUUUGUUUGCUCAAUGCUUGUUCGCUUUUUUGUUCCGAGUUUGCUAAGUACAUCAAAAGCGUUGAUUUGUGGAUAUUAAUAAUAAAUUAUCUUAUGCAUUC